GCCGGCCGUAGCUGGAGGGGGCGGGGAGGAAAAAGAAAAAAAAUAAAUAAAAAUAAAUAAAAAGUCUGUCAGCGGCAUCCCGACAGUCGCGAGCGUCGACAGAGAAGUUGGCUGUCCCCAGAGGCCGGGUCCAAGCAUGCUCAGGAGUUCAACAAUUUUCCUGGGUCAGUGGCUCCUCAGAAGCAAGAAGCCAGCUGGACUGAGACGGUCCCUCAGCCAGGCAGAUAAGAUGUCAAAGGCUGUGCAGGCCGACAGGCUGGAGGGAAUUGACAAGAAUCCAUGGGUAGAGUUUGUGCAGCUGGCCAAUGAGUACCCCUCGGUCAACCUCGGCCAAGGCUUCCCCGACUUCGCUCCCCCAGAUUUUGUGCAGGAAGCCUUCCAGAAAGCCGUCAGCGGGGACGUGAUGCUGAACCAGUACACCCAGGCCUUUGGCCACCCGCCUCUGGUGAAGAAGCUGUCCCAGUUUUUUGGGCCCCUGCUUGGCCAGGAAUUGGUCCCCCAGAGAAACGUGCUGGUGACGGUAGGGGCCUACGGGGCCCUCUUUACCGCCUUCCAGGCCCUGGUGAACAGUGGGGAUGAGGUGAUAAUCAUUGAGCCGUAUUUUGACUGCUAUGAGCCCAUGGUGAGGAUGGCAGGUGGCCACCCGGUGUUUGUGCCUCUGCGGCCGAGGGUGACUGGAGGUGGGGAGUUGUUCUCCAGUCAGGACUGGCAGCUGGAUCCAGAGGAACUGGCCAGCAAGUUCACUCCCCGGACCAAGGCCGUGGUCUUAAACACCCCCAACAACCCACUGGGCAAGGUGUUCAGCCAGGAGGAGCUGGGGCUGUUGGCAGCCCUGUGUGUGCAACACGACGUGGUGUGUAUCAGCGACGAGGUGUACCAGUGGCUGGUGUACGAUGGGAGAGAGCAUGUCAGCAUCGCCACCCUCCCCGGGAUGUGGGAGCGCACGCUGACCAUCGGCAGCGCCGGCAAGACCUUCAGCGUCACAGGCUGGAAGGUGGGGUGGGUCUUGGGCCCGGAUCGCCUCCUCAAACACCUGCGCACUGUGCAUCAGAACUCCGUGUACCACUGUGCCACCCAGGCCCAGGAGGCGGUGGCCGAAGCCUGGGAGCGGGAGAUGGCCCACCAGGGUCAGCCCAGCAGCUAUUUUGUGCAGCUGCCGCAGGCCAUACAACAAAAGCGGGACCGCAUGGUACGGGGGCUGCUCUCUGUGGGGAUGCGGCCCGUCAUCUCCCAGGGCACCUACUUCCUCAUAGCCGACAUCUCCACUUUCAAGGAUAAGAUGCCCGACCUUCCUGGUUCGGAGGAGGAGCCUUAUGAUUCACGCUUCGUCAAGUGGAUGAUCAAGAACCGGGGCUUGAUGGCCAUGCCUGUGUCCAUCUUCUUCAGCUCAGCUGAGAAGAGGAAUUUUGACCACUAUAUCCGUUUCUGCUUUGUGAAGAAUGAGGCCACCCUGCAGGCUAUGGAUGAGAAGCUGCAGGCAUGGAAGGAAGCAGAGACGGAUUUCUGAGGUCCGCUCCAUCCCCCCGGCCCCCACCCCCGGCUCCUCCGGCUUCAUCCUCACCUCUUUGAUGACUGGAUUCGGUCCUCCUCCUCCUCCCGACAACAAGCCCGUGUAACUUUAUCUUUCCCCCGCAUCCACCUUUGGCCACUCUGGCCGGCUUUAGGGUCCAGAGCAAGGCAUCCGGGGUGGAUGGGGCAGGGGGAGGAAGCUUUGGGAGCGGGUGAGAGGGGCCCGCGGGGCCGUCCUGAGACAGGACGGGAUGGAGAGUAGAGCAGCAGUCAGCCUAGGCUCUCCUACCGUACCGCAAAGGUGACCUCAAGCCCCCCUGCCCCUGGCAGCCUCAGGCAGGCUGGGUCUCCUAGCCAUCCCCACUGACUGUGGGCAGGGAGGUUAGGAAAUCUUCCUGGACAGAUUUCCUCCCUUACUCCCUCUCCUGCCCCUGACCCCUGCCUCUCGAUGGGCUUUUCAUCUCCUCUCCCCAUGAGCAGCUUGGUUGUUCUCACGGCCCCGGUCCCGACAGCCAUUUGAAGGAGAAGCAGAGGCGUCACGGUCGCUCAGCGUAACACACAGACCUCCCCCCAACUUUCCUGGGGCCACCCCCCCACCUCACCUAUGUCCCUCAGUCCAGAACAGGGGUUUAGACCCAUUACCCCAGCUCCAUUGACCAAAACAACCCAUCAGAGCCAUAAAGAGCAAAGGUUAGAGGUCAAGGAGGCGAUGAUACUUUAAACUCCUCCUCUUCCCCCAGAGCAACCCUUAAUCUCAGGCAACUGCGGUUAGACUUGAAUGUGGGCAGGUGACUUAAAUUGGAGUUGUAAAGGAUCCCAGCUCAGUACUCAGCAGUGAAAUAAAGUUAAUCAUUUUCAACCCGAUA